AUGCUGAGAUCCUACAUAACACGUUUCAACAAGGAGGCCCUUUCAAUUGACGAAGCGGAUGAUAAGAUACUCGUAGCAGCAUUCACUAAUGGGUUACGGAAGGGUAAGUUCUUGUUUUCUUUAUACAAAAAUGAGUCAAAAACCAUGUCGGAUGUGCUCUAUAGAGCCACCAAAUACAUGAACGCGGAAGAUGCAUUGCUAGCCCGCGAGGAGAAGCCCAGAAAGAGGGAAAGACAGAAGGACACACGACAGGAUAGAGGACGAAAGAUGGCUAGAACCGGAGAUCGACGAAAUGAAAGGCGCUCUAGACCCCCCACUGGGAAGUUCACGAGCUUCACCCUAUUAACCACCCCGAUAGAUCAAGUCUUAAUGCAGAUCAAAGACGAAGGAGCCCUGAUGUUCCCUGGUAAGCUAAAGGGAGAUCCCAGCAAGAGGCCAAGGGACAAGUAUUGCCGCUUCCACCGUGACCACGGGUGUGACACAGCCAACUGCUACAAUUUGAAACAGCAGAUUGAGGCUCUUAUUAGACAAGGGAAGCUACAAAGGUUCGUCAAUAAGGAAAGAACCGAUCCGCCCCAGGAGCAGGUCUCAUGA